ACAGGGGUUAUGAUUGAGCAGAACACACCAUACACAGGCCAUUGCUGGAGGAGGCAAUAAAACCUAUUUAUUUUUUUUUUGCCUAACAGCAGAUUCCUACCUGAUAAUCAUCAGACUCCAGCAGGUCAAAAUUUCCAAAAGUACAAUCCCCAUGUUUAUCAAGUAGUUACAGCAGGAAAUAAUUUUCAGGGGCAAGUGACAGGGAAACAAAUGACAAAAUAAUUUUAUUGCAACAUUCAGCCCUUCCACACCUAAUUCUGAAAACAAAUAAAAGGUGGGAGGCUCACAUAAUUUCAUCUGCCUUCAACAGCAUCAGCUCUGCAGUCAGGAUGAAUCUCCCUAUUUUGACUGCAGUCCUUCUUGGACUCGUCCUGAAUCCAGCCCUUGCUGAUCAUCAUCAACAGACUGAAGUAAGCAAGAAAAUCUCCUUUGGUGGAGGCUACCAACUUAUGACCAUCAACAAGAAGUGGCUCGUGGCAAGUAUUGAGCAAAAGACCAACCAUGGGUCCUGGAAAACCAUCUGGAACUAUGACACAGGCUUUAUGGCAACCAAAGUGCUGCCAGAGAAAGCUUGCUACCAUUCCAUAAUGAACAGAACAGAGAUGCCCAGCUUUGAUGCACUCCCUCAGCUGGCUGCAGACAUCAGGAACCACAAUCGUCCAAGACCCCCUUCAAAGGAGAUCACAUUCACCCUCGUCAAGAGAACAAUCCGUGACCUUGAAUCAUAUGGACCAGACACCUUCUCCAUGUGCAGAGGACUCUCAACCUACGUGGCUUAUGAAGUUCAUGGACCACAAUUCAGUCUUGGAUCAUGCAUCAAACUCGAUGUCCUUCAAUAUUUGGCCCUCACGUACUGCCAUAAUGAUAACUUUGUGUAAAUCAUAUCUUUCUUUAACCCUGUGUGGAUGCUCCAGCAGCAGCCUUGUAGCUGCUGCCCAAGGCCAACCCUGAUACAGUUAUUCCCUGGCAUCUUCUCUUUCAAUCUGUCAUGAGGAUUGAGUACUGAAACAGAUCAAUUGGUGAGCAGAGCUGUCAAUUAAAUUCCUUCAUCAUGGACUAA